AUGGUACCCUCCCUCCACACCAUCGACGAAUUCAGUCACCUUGCCUUCGAUUUCAUCAUAAUCGGUGGCGGAACAGCCGGUCUUGCAGUCGCUGCCAGACUCGCAGAGUCCAACGCGUCAUACACUAUCGGCGUGAUCGAAGCAGGAGGAGUAGUCCAAAAUGAUCCCGAUGUUGACAUCCCUGGUCACUAUGGCCGUUCCUUAGGGGGGUCCUAUGAUUGGCAGCUUGAAACAACACCUCAGAAGGGUCUUGGUGGUCGGGUUCUUCCGUGGCCCCGCGGAAAGGUGCUGGGAGGCACCAGCGCGCUGAACUAUAUGGCCUGGAACCGCGCUAGCAGGGAUGAUUAUGAUGCGUGGGAGGCUUUGGGGAACGAGGGCUGGGGGUGGGAUAGUCUCUUGCCUUUCUUCAAACGGUCCGAGACGUUUCAUCCGCCGAGCCAGAAAACUCAGAAUGAGCAUGAGAUAUCUCACGAUGCAGACACUUUGGGUGAUUCGGGCCCCAUACAAAUCUCUUAUCCGACAGACUACUCGUCUUCACACAGUCUCUGGCAUCGUACCCUCAAUGGUCUAGGCGUCCAAACCAACACUGCCCAUCUCGGGGGGUCAAACGUUGGUGUCUGGACAUGCAUCAACGCUGUCGACCCCUCGUCUGCUCGUCGAUCCUAUGCAGUGGACUACUGUGCAUCUCGCCCGCAUAACUUGCACAUCCUAACCAACGCAACGGUAAACGAGAUCAUCAUUAAUGAACAAAAGAUAGCUACUGGGGUUCUCUUCGCCUAUGACGGCGAAGAAUAUAUCGUUUCCGCUUCGCGGGAGAUCAUCCUUUCGGCUGGCAGUGUCAAGUCACCGCAGAUCUUGGAGCUUUCAGGAAUUGGGAAUCCCGAUAUUCUUGAGAGGGCCGGGGUCCCUGUCAAAGUUGAGAGUUUGCAUGUGGGUGAGAAUCUGCAGGAGCACAUCAUGCUUGCAACGAUCUUCGAGGUAGAUCCUUCGCUCGCUAACCGUGACGACUUGCAAAAAGACGAAAAGCUUACUUUGGCUGCACGUGAACAAUAUGCUCAAACUGCGGACGGGCCACUUACUGUUUUGCCUGUGUCCAUUUGUUACGUGCCACUGGCACAUUUCGUCCCCAAAGAGACUCUUUCCUCCCUACAUACUGACGCAGACCAAGUUUCUGAAUUUGACGCUGAUAAACACGAUAUUCUCGCUCAUCGACUGAACGGUAACUCUAAAUUGGGUCAGAUCGAGUACAUUUUCGACCUUGGAAACUGGAACCCAUAUUUCCAAGGUGAGGAGGGCAAGAAGUACGGGACUAUGCUGCAGAUCCUUCAGUAUCCUUUUAGUGUUGGCUCCAUCCAUAUCGGUCCUUCUCGCCCUGGGUCUACGCCGGCAGAGCAAUCGCCUGAUAUCGAUCCUAAGUAUUACGAAGGUACACAUGGAAAACUCGACAUGGAUGUUAUGAAGCAUUGCCUGCAGUUUGUUCAGAAGAUUGUGAAUACAGAGCCUUUGUCCAACAUCAUCCGUGCACCUGCCUCUCCGACAGCCGCAGCUUACAAGGAUGACAAGCUCAUGGACGAAUGGAUCACUCAGAAUACAAUCACUGACUGGCAUCCCGUCGGAACUUGUGCUAUGGGCGGACGCGCAGGCAUUGAGGGUGGUGUUGUCGACGAGAGGCUUCGUGUCUAUGGUGUUAAGGGACUGAGGGUGGUUGAUGCAAGCAUCAUGCCUCUACAAAUCAGUGCACAUAUUCAAGCGACAGUGUACGCCAUCGCAGAAAAGGCAGCGUACAUGAUCAUUGAAGACGCCAGAAGUGUAGAUAUGGCGCGAGGAGAGUUCUGGAGACAGCAAACAAGACUUUAG